CCUAUUUGAGUAGCGCCAUUCUCGUCGGCGCUUUGAGAAGAUUGGAAAUGCUAUGCUAGAAAUGCAGAUAUACUAUAUUAAAAUGGAAUGCAGCUCCAGAUACCCUCUCGAUAGGAGAGGGAGCGGACACCCGCUGAAAAGCGCGAAACAACGACCAGGUCUGCCGACAAAUUAUUGGACGCCAUUACCGCCCGCGGGAAUGCAGGCGGGGACACUGGACAGGUAGAGAGAGCGGCGGCGGGCUUCGGUCCUGAGUCCUUCGCAGCGAGAACCGAGACCGCCGGUUGCCGGUGGACCAUAAGUCGAGGGAGCGUGGAAGCUCGAGAUCGAGUGCUUCGGCCGCGUGCAAGUCUGGGCCUCAUCUUGCCUUCUUUGCCCGCAGCCUCAGCCAGCGAGCGCUCGCUUGCGCCUUCCGCAUUCUCUCUCUUCGUUGCGUGCGCCCUCGCUGCAGCGAAGAGCAAGAAGCCGAAUAAGGGCCGAUCGACGCUCGCUGAUCCCCUGCCUUCUUAUUCCCGUUUUUCCCGAGCGAUCAGCGUGCUAGAAGAGCGAGGAUCGCUCAGCGGUUGCUGCGGAUAUUUUCGGUUGGAUUUUCGUUGGGUAUGGGAUUGUUCUCGGGGUCAUAGUCCAAGUCGCGAGGCGCGGAGAUGGUGUAGCGGGCUUGGAGCUGUGGAGCUGUUUGGUUCUGUUUUUUGUGACAAGAAAUCGGGAUUUUCAUGAAAGGAUUUGUGGCGUUUUUUGAAUCUAGAAGCCUUCGGGAGGCUCGAUAGCGGAUGGUUGCCGGUCCUGAAAGCUCUGUGCUGCCGGUAUCUAGAAUUUCUUGGUGAAAGACGAUUCGGGGAUAGUUGAUUGUUCUCGGAAGAGAAGCAGGAAGCGAUAUGGCCGCUGCGAUGAGUGUACAGAGUCCUCACGUGUUGUAUGGAAGCCUUUUAUCGAGGGAUUGCUACGAGAGUCCUUCUUGCUCCGGGACAAGGAAUUCAGCUUCCUUCGGGAGUGUGGAUGCUCACUCGUGGGGUUGUCGAAUCAAAGGUCUUGCCAAGGAGGUCAAAUGGCAACCUGCGCGCAGAGGCUUAUUUCUCGAGGAUAGGGACAGACAAAUAAGAAGAUCAUGUCAAAGAAAAGUUCAAACUUCCGCCCUACAGGAGUCGCAUAGUAUCUUAAGCGCGCUGGUCAGUACGGAUGGUGUGGCAUUGGAUCAUUCCUGCAGUUCCCAAGACGAAAACAGCGGCGAAGAAGAGGAGAUAGAGCUCAACUAUACGACUGUGAGAGAGAUUGUGGAAAAUCUUCAAGAUGCUCCAUUUUUGCAGUAUGUUUACAACACUAAUCAAGGAGGAAAACCUGAAAGACAUCGGUUGUCGAAUGAGUUUUUUGACAAGCCAGAGUCAUGGGGUUCCGUUCGGAACUGUGUACUGGAAGCAGCACCAGAUGGCAUAAUUUUGGUGCAACGGCUGGACAGAAAUAAUCCUUCGGAGUGUUGUCUAAUUGAGAAGUCUGGGGGAACUUGUGGAUUCAAAGCUGCAAGGGGAGAUCAGGAUGCCGCGGAUCAAGAUUAUUGGGGCGUACUUGUUCAUGGGUGUAAAGUUCGGUGCAACGCAUGUUACCUCUUGCGGACAACCAGGCAACCAUCUUCAACGGGCUUCACGACGUAUUUCAUGCUGAUUCGAGCUGAGUGCUUUGGUCCAUCCAUUCAAAACCAGUUCCAGAGAGCUUCACUGGUGUGAAUAGUUUGUACAUCGAGGUAGAAUUAGAUGCCACAUCUCACUGCAGCUUGGAAAAGAAUUGUAGAUACGAAUUAGAGUUACCACUUUGCAGAGGAGAGACCUGUUCAAUAUCAAGUUACGCGACCAUUUUAUUCAAGAGAUAGACGUCCAACCCCUGAUACGGCUUGUCUCAAGCUGACACAAUGCCUGAGAUUGAAGUCAAGAGUUCCAAUUUUUAUAUAGCGACCUCUCUGUAUAGAACUGGGCUGGAGUGUCCUCUUGUUCCUCGUGUGGUACAACUGUACCAUGUUACAUUCAAGAUCUGAUCACGAUUGGUUCCAUUCCCAUUCAACAAUUCCAUUAUGUUCUUGGACCACUAAAACUGAAGGAAGGAUUACGAAAUUUU